AAGUCUCCGAGACACCCUUUCUCUGGCGAGCGCCACCGCCCGUCUUCCUUCCCCUCUCUCUCUCUCUCUCUCAAGGGAAAAUGACGUAUUAAGGCUUUUACUGAAUCAUGAGUAGUCUGGAGAAGUCAAAUUCUGAAUCUCCCGCCGGUAUCAGUCUCAGCCCCAGCCCCCCAUCAAUGUUGGAGGGAAAGAUAAAUAGCUACGUUGACAAACUGAAUGGGCAGAGCAGUUCAGAGAAUUCUUGUGCAAAUGUUGGAGGAAAUACUGGAGCUGCUUCAACUGAAGGUACUCAAACGACUUCAAAGUUCAGGGACAGGCCUAUACCGCCUCUGCCUCCUCAACCCCUGAAAAGGAUGAAGGUAUAUCCGAAAAGUAGGAGUGAGAUAUGGUUUCAUUUCACUAGAUUGGAAUCUGAUAGGAACAAGGCUGCUUGCAAUUAUUGUGGAGCUGAAUAUGCUUGUUGCUCUAACAAAAAUGGAACCAGUGGUUUGUGGAAUCAUUUUAAGGGAAGAUGUAAGAAGAAUCCGUAUAAACUUUUGGCUGGCCAAACAACUCUGCAGAAAUGUAGCAUGGAAAAGCCAGUAAUGGUUGACCAAGUGACUCCGGAGAAGUGUGGGAUAAAAAAAGGACUAAGGCUGGCCAAACAACUCUAGACAGUUUCAUGGUGAAAAAAGAACCCCUGAUCUAGUGCUCAUAAGCUAAUUUUAGUCGGUUUCAUAUUUUGCUGAAGUAGAUUUCUGCUUUUGUAAAUUCGAACCAAUGUAGUAGAUAUUGAUCUUUAUUGUUCUUGGUUCGUGUUUUACGAUUGGCCUUUCAAGCUAAUCGUUUGAU